CCAACAUCCCCAAAAUCAUUCACAUCUUGGCUCCUCUGUGUCUGGAAUGCAUUCAUUAUGGGAGAGCGCGGGCGGCUGCGGGCUCCGGCAGCGUUCCCGGCCAUGGCGGGCCCGAGCAGCGACGGGGACCUGCGGCGCCUGCUGAAACUGCACCGCACCGAGAUCGCCAUGGCAGUGGACGACGUCUUCCCACUGCUGCACGGCCUGGCUGACCACGACGUCGUCCCUGACCACAUCUUCAAGGAGACGCUGAGCCGGGCGGAGCGGGAGGGCUCCCACCGCGCUUUCCACGCGCUGCUCACCUGGCUGCUGGGCCGCGACACAGCCGCCGUCCGAGACUUCUGGGCCGUCCUCUUCAAGGACUACAACCUGGAGCGGUACUCCCGGCUCCGGCCUCUCCGCGGCGCCUUCCCCAGAGAGGUGGAGCUGGGGCGGCAGCGCCGUGGAAGGCGUCUCUCCCCAAGCCCCACAGCACCAGCCCCACACAGACCCCAAGGCAAGAGGAAAGCCCCUGAGGAGCGGGACAAAGCCCGGGCGGCACAGCCCGCUCCACGGCACAGUGCCAGUCCUGGGCCCCUGGUGAAGGCAAAGACUGUGAAGAAGCCGGAGGGCACAGAUACCCCCCGCGCCUCUCGUGCCAGCGCUCUCCAGGCAGUGGCUGCCUCGGUGCAGAGAGCGGUGGCUGUGGCAGGCGGUGAGGUGCCCGUCAGCCGUGGGGCCAUCGAGGGCAUCCUCAUUAAACAUGUGCUGGACCCAGGCAGCUCCAAGACAGGCAGCAGAGCUGGUGACAAGCCAUAUACCCCAACUGCCUGCGAGGAGCCAGAGGCCAGGAGCAAAAGCCACAGCCUGAAGCCCCCUGCGCAGCCCAAGAACAGGGAAUCCCAAUUGCACUCCCAGGGCCAGCUGCAAGCAGCCACUGUCUACAGCCAGGACCCUCUGCCCCACCAGGAGAACGAGGAUGAGUGUGCAGCAUGCGGUGAUGGUGGUGAGCUCAUCUGCUGUGACGGCUGCCCCAGGGCCUUUCACCUUGCCUGCCUGGUGCCCCCGCUGCCUCACGUCCCCAGUGGCACUUGGCGAUGUGGCUCCUGUGUGGAGAACGUGACUGAACCAGGCCAGCUGCUGGAGGCAGAUUUGCCUGUGGAGAGACCCCCUGAGAUCCUGGGGGAGGCGGCGCGGGACACCCAGCCGGGUGGAGUGGAGGGGAGCGUCUGCAGCCGCUGCUGCACCCGGAUCCCCACUCCCCACCACUGCCCUGCUCCCAGUGGGGACCCCAGGGGGCUACUGCUAUGCAUGUCCUGCACGGGCACCCUGGACACAGGCGGUCUGGGCACCACCGCAGCAGCUGGAGACCAACUGCUUCCAGCAGCCAAGGCGGAGGAUGCAGCCCUAGGCAGUGACCCUGUGCUGAGCCGGGAGGAGCUUGAUGCGCUGCUAGGUGAGAGCACAUGGGAUGGGAUCUUGCACUGGGCGUUCCAGACCAUGGCACGGCCGCUCGCAGAAACACAGGGGCACCUCGCCUAGCGCACAGACCAAGCACCAAACUCCGCGUGGCAAGCCAUGAAAAAGCAGCCUCUGAGAGACAUGUAAAAUAAGACGAAAAAAGGAACAACGAGAGCAUAAGAAAGUCACAGAAUACAACACUGACGGACAACAAAACAUCCCAAAAUGGCAUGGAGAGGAAAAUGGCAGGCCACAUCAGUGACAAUCAACAAAGAAAAACCACAUGUGUGAAAAUGUACAUAAAAAAAAACAGCAGAGAAAAAAGAAUAAGGUGAAUUUAAAAGAACAUAAUAAGCAAGAGAUGAGAAAAAAACUAAUAUGGACAAAAUAUAAGAAAAAAAGCCAAAAAAUUACG